AUGCAGUGCCUAGGAAGCGCUGUGGCGCCAUGCGAAGCGGGUCCGUCCAGGGAAGCGUUCCGGACGUCGCGGCGCGUGUCGGUGGUCGGGGAGCUGCAGUUCCGCUCGCGCCAGUACCUGGUGGGGUCGGCGGCGCACUACAGCGACCAGGAGCUGUGCCUGCUGGCGUGGCUGAACGAGCGCUACGCGCACGCCUGCCAGACGCUCGGCGACCGCGUCAAGGCGCCGCCGCAGCGACGCAACAUCACCAACUUCGAGAACGACCUCGCGGACGCCGUGGUGCUCGCCUACGUCACGCUCGAUGCCUGCCCCUACGUCCUGGACUUCAUGCCCGACAUCUUCCCGCAGCCCGCCAACCUCGAGCAGGCGCAGCACAACGCGGCGCGCGCGGUGGCAGUGUGGACCAAGCUGCGCCUGGGCUUCACCGUGUGCGUGCGCGACCUGGUGCGGCCGCUGGCCGUCAAGAUGGUGCUGCUGGUGGCCUUCCUCUACAACGUGCUGCCCGUCAUGUCGGCGCGCGCCUCGAUGCGCCUUACCGCGCCGCUCUCCGACCGCGCGAGG